CUAUGAGGAGGCAGAGAGCAAAUGCAGUGAGCAGAGAAACCUAAAAGUCAAGUUCUUUUGCGGCAAAAGGCCCUGCAGAUCAGGACGCUCCUCAGUGGCUCUUAAAUUAUAAAACUUAAGGAAUUAACUUCAGCAGAAAUGCGCAGGUUAAACAACUGACUACUAGGAUUGUUUCAAUUUGUGUUUGGGGAGCAAAAGUUGAGGAGCAAAUUGUGAGCUGUGUGGGAGGAAGAAUAAAAAAUGGUGGCAGGUUUAGUGUGAAGCUGGUAUGAGGUGUGACUGCUACAAUCUGCAGAGUGAGUGAGAAGAGUCCAGUUUGGUUGCAGAUCUCUGCUGAGAGUAAAUCGUGCUGUGUUGUUUGCUGCUACUUAUUGGUUAUGGACUCCAUUGAACUGCUGUCUAUGGUGGGCGGUCUUCUCUUGCUGUCAAUCAUCUUCGCGACCGGCCUUUGUACAUAUUGCUGGGGACAUAAACAACCAACAUCUAUCCCACAGAGGCCCAGUGACUACAGUUCAGAAUACAACUCACAAUCCUCAGCAUUUGGGUUACGGCAUCCCCAUUCGACAUAUGCGCCCCAUCCAGAUCACAGAAUCACCGGCAUACCUUACCCAAUACACCCUUCGCUGAGCUCUCCAUCUAUUACCAUCACAAAAGUUCCCUCCUGUCCUCCUUCAGAAACUGAAAGUCAAGCCAGUUAUGUGAAUCAAAGCGAAAACGAAAAUGAGCUGAAUAUACAUCCUCCAAGUGACUACAUAGUUGUUCUUCCAGAUUCUCCCACCGCACAGUUGCAGGAACGCAGUCGAGCUUCAUCCCAGAGCUCAGGAGGAGACAAUUAUAUCAACAUAAUUACAAAAGACGGGAAUGUAUCUGUGGACACAUUUGGCUGCGACGUCAACUCCGACAUAGAAUCAGAAGGUCAAGACUAUGAAAACUUUCCAAAGCCUCCAGAGCACUGUGGACUGUCCCGUGAAAGUCUAAGCAGUGAUGGAGGAGGCAGCGCUGAAUAUGUCAACACUGGAAAUGUCUGUCUCGGUGGGACGGAGCCUGAUGACUGAAUUCCAGUUCCAACUGGGUUUGCUUUUCAUCAAGCGGCUAAAAGUGUCAGAGUCCUGAAGAUCCGCCUGACUGACAAGAGUUUCCACGCUUGGGAUAUAUAAAGUGAAAAAAAAGCACUGUCACUUCACAGGAAACUCCAUAUUUCACUUCCUAAAUCCUUCUGACGAUACCUGAGAAUGUUUUAUAGUCGUUGUUUUUAAGAUUUGCAGUUUACAGUGUACCGCAUCCAGUUUUCACUUCCAAUAAUAAGAGCACACAAGAAAUGUUUGACUCCGCCAUGUAAAAUACAGCUUUUUAUGUCUGAAAUGUAAUGAAUUGUUUGUUAUUGGUGUAUAAAUGAGGAAAUAAACGUUUUAAUAAAUCCA